AUGCCAAAUCUACAAGAAGAGGACAGUGAAAAAAAAACCACAAGAUCACCCAUAACUCAACUCUAUGGCGGUGAUAACGAGGUAUCCAAAAAAAAAACGAAUAUACCAAUGAGCAUUUGCCAAGUUUGCGGCGAUCAAAGUUCGGGUAAAAAAAAAAGAGUUCUCUGCUGUGACGGCUGUUCGUGUUUCUUCAAGCGUAGCGUACGUAAAAAAAAAAUCUAUACAUGCAUCGCCGCAAAAGGCAGUUGCGUUGUGGACAAGGCACGUCAAAAAAAAAGUCCAUAUUGCCGUUUGCGACGUUGUCUGGCCGUCGGCAUGAAUGUGGCCGCCGUGCAAGAGGAGCGCGGACCGCGCAAUGCGGUGAAUUUCCAAAUACUUGCACAAAUCCUAGUCACUUGCCUGCGUCAAGCUAAAUAAAAAAAAAAAUUCCGUACACUAACACCGCCCCAGCAAGAGACCAUUUUGAAUGCCGUUUAAAAAAAAAGCUUUGUGUUGCGCGCCUCACACUGGUCGCUCGAUAUCUCUGCCAUGAUUGAAAAAAAAAGUGACCCGCAAUUGCGGCGUGUCAUUGCGGAAGCGAAACAGCUGCGGGCCGAAAAAAAAAAAUUGAAUUUCCUUGAAACUCUAAUACUCUGUCGGAAAGCUAUUUAUCACGCACACAUAUAA